AUGAGUUACCAACUGAGAGUACUACAAUUACAAAAAAAGAUCAAACUUAUUGGAAUAACAAGUAUAUUUUUGAUGGAAUGCAAAAGAAACUAGUUCUUUUCCAAAAUAGCUUUUACUUAAUAAAAACCUAAUGAGUUACGAAAUAUUGAUUAAUUACAAAAGUUUAAAUAUGAAUCAUAAUUGAGAUUGAAAAGAAAUGAAUUUAGAAGAACUAUUUUACAAAUUAAAAGUAAAUAGAAAUCAUCUGAAACAAGUAAAUACGUUGUAACAGAUGAAGAUUUAAAUUUGCCAAUUUUCUAAAGAUUUCCUACUCAUUUGGUAUUUCUCAAAGCGAUAUUAGGAAAAUUAAAUUGAUAAUUAAUGGAACCAUUUGGAACUACUUGAUAAGAAGCAUUUAAAAUAGAUAUAUGGACCCAAAACCUUUAAUCGAUAGAAAAAAGCAAUUAGCUAAAUAGAUAAUAAUUUCAAAGCUGAUAUUGAACUUUAACAGAUGAAAUUUCAAGCAUAGAUUAAUUUUAGAAAUAAAAUGUUAAAACAUGAUCCUUUAUAGGAAUCUUAAAAAAAUGCUUAAGGCUUAGAAAUAAACUUUUUAAGAUAAGUAAGACCAGAAUAUAAAGGAAUGUUGUUAUUGAAUAUGACAGCCAUUGAAUAAUAUCAUUGUCCUACAUUAUAUUCUCAUGUUAAGAAAUAGGAUUGUUUGAAUAGUAUGUAAACUAGAUAAAAGUAGUAAUCCAUAAAGAAUAUCAGAUCAAAAAGUUUUAAUACAUCAUAAACUGAAAUCGAUGAAUAGUUUAUUAAUCAAAAAGUUUAUGAUGAAAUGAAUGAAUCAUUACAAAAAUUUGAAAUUACAUUAAAAGAAAGAUAUUAGCAUUUGAAAAGAUGA